UUUUUUUAUCUCAAACGACCAUUCUCUCUGGGAAUAAAUGGCUUCGCUAAAUGGAAAAGCUGAUGUUAUGUUUGAGGACGAUGAUCUGCCUUACGAAGAGGAGAUUAUCAGGAACCCGUACUCGGUCAAGUGCUGGAUGCGUUACAUCGAAUUCAAACAGAACGGGCCAAAAUCCACCCUCAACAUGAUAUAUGAGCGGGCUCUGAAAGAGCUGCCUGGCAGCUAUAAGCUGUGGUACAAUUAUCUGAGAGAGAGACGAAAACAAGUCAAAGGGAAAUGUAUCACUGAACCAGGCUAUGAAGAAGUCAAUAACUGCCAUGAACGAGCAUUGGUUUUCAUGCAUAAGAUGCCUAGAAUAUGGCUUGAUUACUGCCAGUUCCUUGUAUCUCAAUGCAAGAUUACAAGAAGUCGGCAAACAUUUGACCGUGCACUCAGAGCUCUUCCUGUUACUCAACAUCCACGCAUCUGGCCUCUGUAUCUCCGCUUUGUCCGUAACCUGCCCCUGCCUGAGACAGCCAUCCGGGUUUACCGCAGAUACCUUAAGCUUUCUCCAGAGAAUGCAGAGGAAUACAUAGACUACUUAAGGACUGUUGGUCGCUUGGACGAAGCAGCUGUGAGACUAGCAGCAGUUGUCAAUGACGAAAGCUUUGUGUCCAAAGAGGGCAAAUCUAACUAUCAACUGUGGCAUGAGCUAUGCGACCUGAUUUCCCAGAAUCCUGAUAAGGUGACCUCCCUGAAUGUAGGAGCCAUCAUCCGAGGCGGCCUCACUCGCUUCACAGACCAACUUGGAAAACUCUGGUGCUCUUUAGCUGACUAUUAUAUCAGGAGUGGUCACUUUGAAAAGGCCCGUGACGUAUAUGAGGAGGCCAUCCUCACGGUGGUAACAGUAAGGGAUUUCACACAAGUGUUCGAUAGCUACGCCCAGUUUGAAGAGAGCAUGAUUGCAGCGAAGAUGGAGACCACUGCUGAUAUGGGACAAGAUGAAGAUGAUGACAUAGACCUAGAGCUGAGACUGGCCCGCUUUGAGCAGCUGAUAGCCCGGCGACCCCUCCUGUUGAACAGCGUGCUGCUGCGGCAGAACCCUCACAAUGUCCAUGAGUGGCACAAGCGUGUAAAACUGUAUGAGGGUAAUCCGCGGCAGAUCAUCAACACAUACACUGAGGCAGUACAGACUGUGGAUCCAAUGAAGUCCACAGGGAAGCCUCACUCUCUGUGGGUUUCCUUUGCUAGAUUCUAUGAGGAGAAUGAGCAGUUGGAUGAUGCCAGGACAAUUUUUGAGAAGGCUACUAAGGUGAACUAUAAGCAGGUGGAUAACCUUGCUGCAGUGUGGUGUGAGUAUGGAGAGAUGGAGCUACGCCAUGAGAACUAUGAACAGGCUCUGCGCAUACUGAGGAAAGCUACAGCCAUCCCAUCCAAGAAAGCUGAGUACUUUGAUGCAUCUGAACCAGUGCAAAACAGAGUCUACAAAUCCUUGAAGGUCUGGUCGAUGCUGGCGGACUUGGAGGAGAGCCUUGGCACUUUCCAGUCCACAAAAGCAGUGUAUGACCGCAUUAUUGACCUCCGCAUCGCCACGCCUCAGAUCAUCAUCAAUUAUGCCAUGUUCCUUGAAGAGCACAACUACUUUGAGGAAAGCUUCAAAGCAUAUGAGCGCGGCAUCGCCCUCUUCAGGUGGCCAAAUGUUUAUGACAUCUGGAACACUUACCUCACCAAGUUCAUUGAUCGUUAUGGGGGCAAGAAGCUGGAGAGAGCUAGAGAUUUGUUUGAACAAGCUCUGGAUGGUUGCCCUGCCAAGUUUGCCAAGACCAUUUACCUGUUGUAUGCCAAACUGGAGGAGGGAUAUGGACUGGCACGACAUGCCAUGGCGGUCUAUGAAAGAGCAACCCAGGCAGUAGAGACUGAGGAGAGACAUCACAUGUUCAAUAUCUACAUCAAGAGAGCAGCUGAAAUAUAUGGAGUUACAUAUACUAGAGCUAUUUACCAGAAAGCUAUUGAGGUCCUUCCCGAUGAGCAUGCGAGGGAUAUGUGUCUGCGAUUUGCUGACAUGGAAAGUAAACUGGGUGAGAUUGAUCGAGCCAGAGCAAUCUACUCUUACUGCUCCCAGAUCUGUGACCCCAGGGUUACUGCUAAUUUCUGGCAAACCUGGAAGGAAUUUGAGAUCCGCCAUGGAAAUGAGGACACUAUUAGGGAGAUGCUGAGGAUCAAACGUAGUGUCCAGGCCACAUACAAUACCCAGGUCAACUUUAUGUCCUCUCAGAUGCUGAAGGCCACAACAAGCUCCACAGGCACUGUGUCAGAUCUUGCUCCAGGUCAGAUGGGAAUUGAUGACAUGAAGAUGUUGGAGCAGAAAGCUCAACAGCUUGCUGCAGAGGCUGAGCUGGACAAACCCAAGCCCAAAGAGAAGAUUCUCUUUGUCAGGAGUGACACCUCUCGCAGUGAGUUGGCUGAGCUUUCCAAACAAGCUAAUCCCGAUGAGAUCGACAUUGAUGAUGACGACGAGGAUGAAGAUGAUGAAAACCAGGGGCCGGAUGAGGUACAGCUUGAACAGAAGAGUGUCCCCACAGCUGUCUUUGGAGGCCUUAAAGAUGACUGAAAGAGACCUCCCUCGCUGAAUUUUGCAAAGAUAUUUAGUUAUUUCUCUUUUAGACAUUGAAUAGGCUCAGUUUUUAAAUGUGUUCAAAUGACCAGUUGUAUCCACUUUAUUUUAAUAGAAUAUGAUAUGAGUGAAAAACAGAAUGGCAGCAUUUGUGCCUAAUGUGUAUUUUCCUGGUAUGAGCCUCAGUUAGUAUUGGCCAUAUGGUGUCAGUCUUUCUCAAGUAUGAAGCUCAAGAAAAGAAGAAGCAACCUUCUGUUAUGAAAUACUGUGUACCAAGUGUUUACAUGGUAACUGUAACUGAAGUCUAAUGUAGUUUGACUUUGUAUCCAAACAACAUUUUGUAAAAGAUUUAUUACUGAAAACAUUUUUGUACACUUACUAAAUGCGGAGAACUGUCUCUGACAGGAAGCUCUGCCCUAGAAAACACAGGGGAGGAGCAUAUUUUCUUCAACAGGGGGCAUUCAUUUCAAAGUGGAGCUCAGCAUUCAAGCCUCACAUUGCUGGCUUGAGGAUCACUAUAACUUGUACACAUGUCACUAUCCAAAUAUUAAAAUCGUGCUGUAGUUGCACAUGUGUCAUUGUACAAGUACAGUCGAGGAACAGUUUGUGCGACUGAAUAAUAGGAGGGCGGUAAUAAUAAUAAUAAAAAAGCAACAUAAACAGAAAACAUAAUUCAAAACCAGCAAAGGUGUUUACUAGGCUCACUGAUCUUUUUUGUUGCUGAUGCUGUAAUAUAAUGCUUUAGUCAGCAUUGUUGAGGGUCUGCUUGUGACCCAUUGCAGUCUGACAUUUUUUUGGUAUGCAACAAGAUAUUUGACAUUUUGCCUAUUGCCCCACAGCUUACAUUUGGAGUGUAUGUGAAUUAUGUGCCAGCUAUUCUGGCUGUGACAUGCUGGACACUUUGAAUCUGUGAGACUUGUCUUGUAAACACAGUUGUAAUAAAAAAUUGAUUUGUAUCUGUUAAAAAGCAGUGACUUCUAUCUGACAGAGGGAACCUGCCCAAGAAGACUGGUAGGAUUUCAGUUUUUUUCAAAGAGAUAAUUUAAUUGAAACUGAACUCCUACAUCAUGAAACACAUUAAACUCGCACUUCAGUAAUGUACGUGCAACCUAUGUAUGCCAGGGGAAUUACUUUUAAGAUGUGAUGCAGAUCUACUUCAGUAUUUAAUGAAAAAUGCCUCAUACUUACAUCUUAAAAAGCUAAAUUGACAGAAGCUUGGGGAAAAACAAGGAAAAAGUAGUUUCUUUCAUGAUUAGAUUAAAAUAGCUGAGAGGUAAUUGUCUUACAAAGUUACUGCAGUGGCACACUUGGAGUGCUCUUGUAACUUUGAGCAGCAUCAUGUGACAAUUCACUCUUGAGAUUUCUGUUUUCCAGUGUGGAUGGUGCUCCUGGAAACAAGACUUCAAAACCAAUUAGAAAGAAACUCCUGAGUCACAACAGAAUUUCCAUUUUUUCCUUUCUGCAUGGAUUCACAUAGAAUACUAGCAUGUUUACUCAUGACAGUCUUUUUGUACAGGCUAUUAAGGUGCAGUAAAGUACUGUAUGGUUCUUGCCAGACAGUAACUUAUGUAUUAGA